CCAGUUGGAUAGAACAGGAAGAGCUGAAGCAGAACCCGAGAUUGCGUUUUCCAUUUCUGUUUAUUUUUCAUUAAUUAAUUAAUUAGUUAGAAUUUUCAGGACAAUAUGUGAUGCAUCAUCCAUCAGAUGGUUUUCUGCUCCAUCCCACCUGUCACCACGCACCACCGCUAGGCGCUAGCAGUCCCUCCUCGUCCGUGGCAGAACAGGGACGACCCGACAACAUCAUCGGACGCUAAAUCCGAUCAUACAACAAUUAUUCUCUUCUGCUGAAAGAAAGUGGGCUUAUGGAACGUGAGGGCAACGAAUUGGUCGCUCCUUUGUUGAAUCGGUCGCCUUCGUCCAGCACCGGGUUGGCGACGUCGAUCCAGACUUUGGGAAAUAUCAUUGUCUCCAUUGUUGGGACCGGAGUUCUUGGUCUGCCCUUCGCCUUUAAAAUCGCCGGCUGGCUUGCCGGGUCGAUCGGAGUUGCAGUCGCCGGCAUCGCCACCUACUACUGCAUGCUUAUUCUCAUAGAGUGCAGGGAGAAGAUGGCAUCGGACUCGGCUGACCUUAAAACUUACGGCGAUCUGGGCUACAAGUGCAUGGGGAAGCCUGGCCGCUUCUUCACCGAAACACUCAUCCUGGUCUCCCAGUGUGGAGGCUCGGUCGCGUACCUCAUCUUCAUCGGCCAAAACCUCUCCUCCAUAUUCAAAGUUCACAGUCUCACCUUCGCGUCCUUCGUCUUCAUGCUGGUCCCCCUCGAGAUCCUUCUCUCGUGGAUAAAUACUCUCUCCGCUUUAGCCCCCUUCAGCACUUUCGCCAAUGUCUGCAAUGUACUAGCAAUGGGUUUCGUGGUGAAACAAGAUAUACAGCAAGCUUUAGGGGGCCAGUUCUCGUUUGCUGACAGAAAGGCUGUAACGCCAAAUAUCGGGGGAUUGCCCUUUGCAGGUGGAAUGGCGGUGUUUUGCUUCGAGGGGUUUGGGAUGACACUUUCUCUUGAGGCUUCGAUGAAGGAGAGGAGGACGUUCCCGAAGGUAUUGGCCCUGGCCUUUGCCGGUAUAACUCUCGCGUAUGUUCUGUUUGGAUUUUUAGGCUACAUGGCUUACGGGGAGGAGACCAGGGAUAUCGUGACGCUUAACCUUCCCGCAGAUUGGACCGCCAUUACGGUUCAGAUCGGCCUGUGCUUGGGGCUCGCCUUCACAUUCCCUAUCAUGAUCCAUCCAGUCAACGAGAUCGUCGAAGACAACUUGAAGAGGCUUGGAUGGUUUCAGAAGCUCCUUCGCAGCGAUAACGACAUCGAUUCUUCUAAAACGAAAAUUUGGAAGCUGAUAGUUUUCACCACCCGUUCCAUCGUGGUGAUAGUCUUGGGGGUUGUGGCGUUAUGUGUCCCGGGGUUCGGAGUCUUUGUUUCACUCGUGGGCAGUACAGUUUGCGCACUCCUUUCGUUCGUGUUGCCAGCCUCGUUCCACCUCCAGUUGUUGGGCCCAAGCAUGAGAUUGUGGCAGAAGGUCUUGGAUUCUCUUAUUCUGUUGGGUGGGUUGCUAUUUGCCGCCUAUGGUACUUAUAACACCGCAAUCGGAGCAGAAACAGGAUCUCGAACUGAAACUUCAACUGGAAGCACGGCGAUCUCUCGUCUGGUAGAAUCACCGAGAGGAGGAUACGCCUUAGUUGAACAAAAGUGCUGUAAGUAGGCAAUAUGCUCCUCGUCAAGCUCUCUGGAAUCUGUAUAGUAAUAUUCAGAUCUCUUCAUUUCCCUGUUAUCGGGCAGCAUUGAGAACGACUAGAGUCGGUUUACGAUCAUUGGAGGGGGGAGAGGGAGUCUGUGUCCAUGCAACAGACCAGCUAGUAGGUCGCAUGCUCUAGUAUAGUCAGCUCAAUUUCCGCCUGGGAUUCUGGCUGCUAUGGGAUUCUUUUCGAAUAAUGUAGCGUUAUUCAUCUUACUCCUUGUACAUCGAUGUUUUAAGACUUCGAAUUGGAUUGACAUGAAAUUUAUAGUA